AUUCCAUUGAAGUAAAGCUCGCACUUGCAGGCCCAAUCCGAAAUCGCUGAGCUUCGCUUCGGUCUCAGUGCUCUCUCUCUUCUCUCUCUCUCUCUCUCUAGCCUCGCUCUCCCUCUGCCUUCCCAUUUGUGCAGUCAAGCAGUGGCAGGAGCACGAUGCAGGCCAUCUCGAGGCGCCUAGGGCACCAAUCCUCCGUCCACUCCCUCAAAUCAGCCUACCCGCUCUGCAAUCACUAUUGUGGAGCUGAUGACGAGCGGUACGCGUCCACGCUCGCGACCAAGGGCGUGGGGCACCUGGUGCGGAAGGGAACCGGUGGGCGAUCUUCCGUCAGUGGCCUUGUAGCUACUGUUUUCGGAGCAACCGGCUUUCUUGGUCGUUAUGUUGUGCAACAACUUGCAAAAAUGGGGUCACAAGUGUUGGUCCCUUUUCGUGGCUCAGAGGAUUCACAUCGUCAUCUCAAGUUGAUGGGUGAUUUGGGGCAGAUAGUGCCAAUGCAAUUCAAUCCAAGAGACGAAAACUCUAUCAAGGCAGUUAUGGCAAAAGCUAACGUUGUUAUAAAUCUCAUUGGGAGGGAAUACGAGACAAGAAAUUAUAGUUUUGAAGAAGUGAACCAUUCUAUGGCUGAAGUACUUGCAACUAUCGCUAAAGAACAUGGUGGUAUCAUGAGAUAUAUUCAAGUCUCUUGCUUGGGGGCUUCAUCUUCCUCCCCAUCAAAAUUUCUUCAGACUAAAGCUGCUGGGGAGGCAGCUGUUUUGAGAGAGCUACCUGAGGCAACAAUUUUGAGACCAGCUGUCAUGAUCGGCACAGAGGAUCGUCUUUUGAAUAGUUGGGCACGUUUUGCUAAAAAGUACAGCUUUCUUCCACUUAUUGGGGGUGGAUCUACCAAAAUUCAACCUGUCUAUGUUGUUGAUGUGGCUGGUGCUGUUGUUUCGGCCUUGAAAGAUGAUGGUAGUAGCAUGGGCAAAAUAUAUGAGCUUGGUGGGCCCGAGGUUUUUACUAUUCAUGAACUGGCGGAGCUAAUGUAUGAUAUGAUCCGUGAAUGGCCUCGUUAUGUAUCAGUUCCUUUCCCCAUUGCUAAGGCCUUUGCGACGCCUCGAGAACUACUACUGAAAAAAGUUCCAUUUCCUUUGCCUAAUCCUGACAUCUUCAAUCUAGAUCAAAUAAAUGCUCUUACUGAGGAUACAGUUGUAUCGAAAGAUGCUCUGACUUUCAAUGAUCUCGGAAUUGUGCCGCACAAGCUGAAAGGAUACCCUGUCGAGUUUCUUAUCUCAUACCGUAAGGGUGGCCCGCAAUUCGGCUCUACUGUCAGUGAAAGAGUAUCUCCAGAUGCAUACCCUUGAGGCAUUUUCACUGUAUUAUUUCUGAAUGUUUCUUUUGCCAAAAAUUCGGCAGAAAUCUUUCAACAUGUUUUUUCCACCUCAAUUUCUUCAUAAUAGCAGAGAGAUUCUGAUUGGAAGAACACUACGCGUCUCCCGCAAUCAAAAGAUGAUGUGUCAAUAAGAUUUUGGGGAACAUGAUGUCUCAACCUCAUUCCAGUAGUUUGAUUUUGUAAAUUA